AUGCGCUCCGCAGCCAAAUUUUUCUAUUUGGCUGUCUUUGCCAUGUCGAGGCUUUCCAAUGCCGAGACCGGGUUGCACCAUAACCAAGAUAAGUGUGCGAUUGACCCCUCCGCUAUGGUGUCCGACGCUUGUGUCUCCUACGCCACCAUCGAUCAUCUGAACGACCAGGUCUAUAGCCUUCUCCAAUCUAUUACGCAAGAAACCGACUUCUUCUCAUAUUACCGUCUCAACCUUUUUAAUAAAGUGUGUCCGUUUUGGUCCGAUGCCAAUAGCAUGUGCGGGAACAUUGCGUGCUCCGUGAACACAAUCGAAUCCGAAGAGGACAUCCCGUUAACAUGGCGCGCGGAGGAGCUAAGUAAACUCGAGGGCCCCAAAGCAGGUCAUCCGGGCCGCAAGCUGCAAGAGGAGCGACCCAGUGACCGACCGCUUCAAGGAAUGCUCGGAGAAAACGUUGGAGAGAGCUGUGUGGUGGAAUAUGACGAUGAAUGUGACCAACGGGACUAUUGUGUUCCCGAGGACGAGGGCUCUGGCGGCAAGGGAGACUAUGUCAGUCUCGUUGAUAAUCCAGAACGGUUCACGGGGUACGCCGGUAUGGGCGCCCAUCAAGUUUGGGACGCAAUCUACCGUGAGAACUGUUUCCUCAAGCCGGUGCCCGAGCUAUCCCCUGUUCCCCAGUUGGGUGGUCUUCAGGCCGUCAACGAUUUUCGCAAUGUGCUUCAGCAGGAGCUGAAGCGCCCGGACCUGCUCGACCUGGACAACGAAUGUCUGGAGAAGCGGGUAUUCCAUCGCCUCAUCAGUGGAAUGCAUGCAUCUAUCUCGACCCAUCUUUGCUGGGAUUAUCUCAACCAGACGACGGGACAGUGGCAUCCCAACCUACAGUGUUUCAAGGAACGGCUGCACGAUCACCCAGAGCGCAUCUCGAACCUGUACUUCAACUACGCGCUGGUCUCGCGGGCGGUGGCCAAGCUACAGAAGCACUUGCAGCACUACAACUACUGUGCUAGCGACCCGGUGCAGGAUGCCGACACUAGGGAGAAGGUCUCGAAGUUGACUUCGACCUUGGCUGGGCGACACCAAAUCUUCGACGAGAACAUCAUGUUCCAGGACCCCAGCGCUAUUGGCUUGAAAGAAGACUUCCGGAACCGAUUCCGCAACGUCAGCCGACUGAUGGACUGUGUGGGAUGCGACAAGUGCCGUCUAUGGGGCAAGCUCCAAGUCAACGGAUAUGGAACCGCUCUGAAGGUACUGUUCGAGUACGACGAAACCAAGAACGGGGAGAAUCCGUUGCUGCGUCGGACCGAAUUGGUGGCACUGAUCAACACCCUGGGCCGCAUUUCCCACAGCAUAGCAGCCGUCCGGAGUUUUCACCGGGCUAUGGAUGUGGGAGAUGGUGAGGUUUUCACGAUCCCCGCGAGCAUUGCGCAUAAGGAGCGUAGUGGCUCGAAGAAAACCAGGCGCCUCCUCAAGGACGGUGGUUCAACCUUCUACUACGAGGAUGAUGACGACGAGAACUUUGUUUAUAUCACCGAGAAACUCCCGUGGGAACAGGUCCGAGAACGCCGCGACACGGAUACCGUCUGGGACGAUAUCAAGGCCGAAUUCUCCAUGGUAUGGGACAUCUACGUCUACGUGAUGAAGAGCUGGAUCAAUGCCCCCAAGACCUUUUUCGAAAUCGCCGUCCUUGAAGUCGCCCGUGUGUGGAACUAUUGGCUGGGUCUUCCUGUGCCGCCACGGUCAUGGAAGAUCCAGCUUCCCAAGCGACCCACGCCCCCGAAACAUGAGGAGCUAUAA